ACAUCCCUCGAUUUUUGUUUCUGCCAGCGUUUGGUUUCACCUGCUGUCCUGGUCCUAGGUCUGUGCAUGAGGUGUGUUCGAUGGUUCAGCUGGUUCAGCCAGAUUCUGUGCUGCUGGUCUGGUUGUUUCCAUCUCCACUCUAGUUCGAAUGAGUCGAUCCGUCAGAUUCUAUUCCCCUGCGUGGGUCUUUAGUUGCCGCGGUGCCGAGACUGCGUAUCCAAGUGCUGGCGGUUAGAUCUAUGAAGGGCUUUAAUUCUGUUUAGUGUCUUACCGUGAUCUUAGCGUCGAGACAGAACCUCGCGUGAAUCUAGCGAUCUAGGUAGCUAAUCCAGAGGUUCGGUUCCGUUUUCUAGUCAUUGUACGCCUGUAACCCUGGAUCUGGUCACCAUCCGAAGCGCGAUGAUCAUCAUGGCGGAUGCAGGUGCCUCCCAGCCGAUCUCGAGCACGGCUGCUUCUUAGCCAACCCUGUGAGUUGGGAGUCUAAGAACACUGGUGGGAUCCAGUGAGGGAAGUAGCCCUACAGUGUCAUGGGCGGGGCAUCGGAUGAGUGGAACCGCAGGUGGUGGGAGGAGGAAGGCGACGACGAUAACUGGGCAACACUACCAUCCGCACCCUCCGCACCCUCCGCGCGAGACACCACCAGGCGGGAAGAGACCACAACUGCCAACGAAAAUAGCAGCAGCUGUAGCAGCAGCAACGAACGCAACAGGGAGAUCGCGAGGUUUAGGGGUUCCGUGGAGGGAGCGGAGGGAGCAGGGGGAGCGGAGGAAGGUCAAGAGAUGGUCGUUCUUCGCGAGGACGACAGCAUUCGCUGGGAUGCGGAGGCCGAGUCACGCCUCCCACUCCUGGGCUCCAUUGGUUCCUCGAGCGGCGUGCGCGAGAGAGCGGCGGCUGCAGCGGCGGCAGGUGGCUGGUGGGGCAGGGCGGCCGCCAGCCAAGGCUCUGAGAGGAGAGCGCUGGGAUCGGACCAGGCGGUGGGAAACGGGACGGGGAAUGGUCUGCUUGGCAGUGAUGGUCGGGGGGUUGGGGCUGGAGAUCGAGAAGGCGCGGAAGCGCGAGAGGAGGAGGGGUCAGAAGGCGGGAUGCGCAGACGGCGGCCGUGGAAGUAUGAAGAGCGGGCGACGGGGGCUCCUGAAUUCAAGGAGGAUCUUCGCUCGUGGGCGUUCAGCAAGGGGGACGGCUUGGCGAAGCCGCAGCAGGCGGCGGCGGCAGUGAGCGAGCCUGGUGGGGAGAAUGCGGGUGAAGCGACGGAUGUAGAGGCGGGGGGGAGUGGCGGGGGAUCGUUGGCGGAGUCACGGCUGGAGGAUCGGUGGGGCGAUGUGGAGCUGAUGGCUCGAGAGGUGGCGUCUGCUGCAGAGAGAGAGAGAUCGACAGGGGGAGAGAGACCGGGUGAUAGGGAGGGAUACGCAGAGGCACAGGGGUUGGCGGAGAAAGUGGGGUCGGAUAAGUCGGAAGAACGGGAGAGGUCGGAAACACAAGGAGGUGGUGGUGGUGGUGGUGGUGGUGGUGGUGGUGGUGGUGGUGGUGGUGGUGGUGAGGGUGAGGAUGAAUCUGGGGUGGAGUGUGUCUCUGGUGCCGCUGCUGCUCGGCCCGUUUCGGGCUACAGCAGUGGCACGUUCUCCUCGUCUGCUGGCGCGUCGCUCAACCUAAGGCCCAACGGAGGUAUGAAGAUCACUGGGAGGCCUAGCACGAGCAAGACCUUUCCCAUCCCCAUCCCCUCGCCAGCAACUACCACCAGCAGCACCAGCACCAACACCACCAGCACCAGUACCACCGCCACCAGCACUUCCAUCUCCCCUUACUCGAGCGCCGCCACCAUCGCGAGCAUGCCGUCGUCUGCAAGCAGAGCAGCAGCAGCGGCGGCAACGGCUCGGGCGUCAGGGCUGGACAGUCUGUUGGAGCUGAGUGCGUAUGAAGACCUCGACCUGCACUCCAUCAUGGCGCUCUCCGACCUCGUGCGCCACGCCCCCACCCCCACACCCGCCUCCUCCUCCUCCUCCUCCGCCGUCGCCGCGUCGAGCAGAGCUCUCAGCCCGACGGGGUCUGCGGCUAUCGGGCAGUCGGCGUCGGCGUCUGGGGUGUACAACCGCCGCGUGGACAGGCAGAUCCCACGUGCUGCAGUCGUUGCGCUCCAGGCUGCUGCCGCUGCCAAGACUGGCUGGCCGCUCAACCUGCAAGCCCGGUCGGGGCUGCACUUCCCUCCGCCGCCCCACCUGGCGACCACGACGCACGCGUGCGACAAGUGCAGCCUGCGCUUCUUCUCGCCGCUCAACCACCGCCGCCACAUCCGCAUCCACCGCAAGAUGCUGCGCACUGAGAAGGUUGAUUUGUCUGGGAUUCGUGGGGAUCUUGCGCUCUUCUUAAACAAGCUGGGUAUGCCAGCAGUGCUCGACCACAUAUCGCUGCAGGCUCUCUCUGUCGAGGGUAUUCAGCUGGUGGACCGUCUCUCCUCCCUGGUGGACCACCAUCGCUUCCCCUUUGUGUCGCCCAUUGCACCACCACUCCCACCGUACCUCAAGCUCGGCCCAGACCUUGUCGCGGUGGUGUUGAACAAGGAGCUGCUGUGCGAGGACGACCUCUUUGCCAUGCUGGACGCCGCCAGCGAGCGCACCUUCCUGCAGGGGGGCACGUCCCCCGCCGUGCACCGCUUCGUCUUCCAAGCCACCGGGACCAGCGGCAGCGGCAGCGGUGGCGGCGGUGGUAGUGGUGGUGGGGGUGGGGGGGUUGGUGGCGUGGGGGGUGGCAGCAACGGGCGGAUUAAAGUGAUGCGCCUGCAUGACAAGGACCUGGUGGCGGCUCUGGCGUUCCUCAUUGAGCAGAAACUCGUGGAUGCGUACAUGGCAGCGCGUGAGGCUGCUGCGCUCGAGCAGCAGCACCUGCUGGUGGAGGAGGAAGCAGCUGCCAUGCACAAGCGGGCGCGGCUGCAGCAGCGCAGGCGGCAGAAGCGGCAGAGGCAGAGAGGAGGGGGCAAGGCGGUUGACAAGGGGGGCCAACAGGGGUCCAAUGGUCUCCAUGGUGUGGGGGUAACGGGGGUCAUUGGGACCUGGGGGAAAGAGGAUGAUUCGGAUAAAGAGGAGGAAGAGGAGGAGGAAGAAGAGGAGGAAGAAGCGGAGGACGAGGAGGCGGAGGUGGAGGAGGAAGUGGAGGAGGAGGUAGUGGAAGACGAGGAGGACGAAGAGGAGGACGAAGAAGAGGAAGAGGAGGAGGAGAAGGAGGGAGAGGAGGAUGGGGGUGAGAAAGAGGGGGGAGAGGAGGAGGAAGAUGGGGCGAAGAAGGAGCCGCAGCAACUGCAGCAACAGCAGCAAGUGCAGCAGCAGCAAGCAGGGGGCGACAGCAGCUCUGACGGGCUCUCAUCUGAGUCCCUCGACUCUCCCAAGUGCGCUAGGGUGCACCCAGCGCCCAUGCCAGGCACAGACGGCGCGGACGGCGAGAAAACGAAGGAGCCUGGGUGCCACACAGGUGAAAGGAGAGGGGGAGCAGUUGCAGGGACUCGUGCUACUGGCGCACAGGGCCGUCCAGGAACGGUUUCUGCCCCCGGCGGUGGAGCGACGGAUAGCAGUCUAGACUCGUCGAACGCCAGGGGGGCAGCUGCAGGAGCGAGUGCAGCAGGAGGGCCAAGGGCAGGCGCAGGCGCAGGUGUAGGUUUAGGCUUAGGAGUGGCAGUUACAAAUACAGCUACAGGUUCGGGUUCAGGUUCGGGUUCAGGUUCAGCUGUAGGUGUAGGUUCAAGUGGUGCAAGGACAGGAGGAGCAGGGGGCAGGAGGGGUCGUGGCAGGGCGGGGCAAGGGGCAGGCGGGGAGAGGGGCGAGCAGGGCAGGGGACGGCAGCAGUGGAGUGGGAAGAGGGAAGCCGUGGGGCCUUAUGCUGGAGUGCCGCUGGACACUGGUGCGCCUGCUGCCUGUCCUGCCAGUGCUGGCGGUGCUGGCAGUCGUGGCAGUGCUGGCAGUGCUGCUGCUGUUGAGAACGCGGCUUCUUCUAGAGGGCGGGCAGAAGGGAGGGAGCAGCAGCAGAGUAAUGCUGCCAGCGAUGGGUCCGGCGCUCCUGGCAGGGUUGAGUCAGGGCAGUCUGGUCGGGGCUUGAGGGACGGAGGACGCGGAGGGGGCCCGGGCAGUGGGAGGGAGAGAUAUGUGAUUGCAGGGAAGUCUGGGCAGCAGGGUAGGGCCGAGAUAAGGUCUGCGAGCGGCUUGGGGGCUGCUGUGGUGUCCGGGGCCGGUGCUGCUGGACCCUUGGAGGGGGUGAGAGUCUUGGGGGAAGCAGAAGUAGUGGCGGCUGCACCAGUAGUCUUGCCAGUAGCAACAGCUGUAGCAGCAGCGGCUGUAGAACCAGUGGCACCAGUAGCAGCAGCAGUAGCAGCAGAAGCAGCAGUAGCAGCAGUAGCACCAGCAACCCCAGCAGUAGCGCCGGUAGCAAUAGCAAUAGCACCAGUAGCACCAGUAGCAGUAGCACCAGAGGCACCAGCAGCAGCAGUAGCAGCAGCCACAGAUGCGAGCAGGAAAACGGCAGUAGAGGGUUCCCUGAGGCAGAUGCUGCAGCUUGACCCUCCUCCUAGCGUCUCUGGCACCUCUGGUGCUGCGAAUGGUGCUGAUGCUGCGGGUGAUGGUGCUUCCAGCGCCAAAGCUCGAGUGGUUGUGAUAGGAAGCAUGGUAGUUCCCUUGGUAGGCACUAGCAGUGCUGCCAAACGCCCUCUCGUCGACGCCCACCCCGCCAACGCCCACCCGACAAACGCCAACCCCAGCAACACCAGCCCUGGCAACACCAGCUCAGCUUCCCCUGCUGCUGCAGUGGUGCAGGCAGCAGGUCAAAGUGCUCUCAGCGAGAAGCACACACAAGAGCAGCGUGCACAGGCACAGCAGGCACCGAGUCACGAGCAGCAGCAAGCAGCAGAGUCGUUGCUGGUUGAUGCUGCGCGGAGUGAGGCUGAUGCGCACCUGAGGGCUGUUCUGCUCCAUGCGUUGCGCCUCAUGAGGAACCGAUGGGACGCCGCCAUCUCUUCCCCUGAUGCCACUAUUUUGCAGCACAGCAUCUCCUCCCCCUCUCCUCCAACAACAUCCACCCACACGCCCUUCCUGCACCGCCUCUGGUCCCAGCUCAACCACCCCCACUCCCUCCCUCCUCCUUCCUCGGAUCCUGCCAACGGCACCAGCAGCACCACCAGCAGCAGCACCGAUAAUGUGACGAGCAAUGGGCACUUACCUGUUGCCAGCAGCAGCAGCAGCAGCAGUAGCUUUGUGGGUGCAAUUUGCCAGGAGACUGAUAAUCUUGGGAAUGGGCAGGUAGUGUUGGGUACGCAAGUGGAGCAGGAUGCGAGGGAGGGUGGAGGCAACCGAGGGGAGGAUUCUGUAGGAGAAGGGAGGGUAGGCGGGGCGUUGGGAGAGACACGUGCGACACCUGCUGCUGCUGCUGCUGCUGCUGCUGCUGCUUCUGCUUCUGCUACUGCAGCUACAGCUGCUACUGCUGCGACUACUAGUGGCAGUGGAGCUGCGAGUUCAAAUGCAGGUGCUGGUACCAGCGCACUGGCAAACGGCCAGCCUGCCACUGAUGCAGGUGCUGCAGCCAGCCCGCCUCCUCCUGCUACUGUUGCCACUGCCGAUGCUGCCGCUGGUGCACCUGCUGCUAGUGGGGCUUCCGCGCUUGGUGGUACGAGUGGUGGCAGUGGAAGCAGUGUGGUGGCAGCUGCUGAAGGGGGUGGGGGUGGGAGUGGGAGUGGGAGUAGGAGUGGGAGUGCAGGCAGUAGUGGCAGGGGCCGUGGUGGUGUGGGCGGUAGUGGUGUCUCACAAGCGCCUACUUCUAGCCGCAGGGAGUCAAGGGCAAGAGGCAAGAGAGGGGGGAGGUGAUGUGGGACGGUUGUUGUGGGGUGAUGGUGAUGGUGAUGCUGCCGAUGGUGGUUGGUGAUGAUAAUAAUGAUGAUAAUGACUGGAGUAAUGGUGGGUUUUAAUGGUGGUGGUGAUGAUAGUGAUGGUGGUUGUGGCCCUCGUCGUGAUGCAGUGUUGUGAGCGGACGUACUAUGGCACACGGUCAUAACAGCCAUUGCUGCUACUCUGUGGGGUCAGGACUGGCUCUGUCGAGGCAUUACUGUUGCCAAUGCCAAAGCUCAUGCUCAUGCGCAUGCUGGUGCGCACGCCCGCCGCGUUGCCGCAGUGCAGUGCGCAGCUGUAGAUGAGUCGUCGUGGCACGCAGUGACCUGACCUCCCUUCUACAGUGUCCAAAUAGGGGUUGCUGCUUUCGCCGAUCCCUGCCUCUGUGUUCGUCCGGGCAGUUCUGUGGGUGCGUCUGGUAUCCCGCAUACUCCUCCAGCUUGUUGGUUGGUGGGGGCUUUCGUCUACUCCAGCAAGCUGUGAAUCGCUGGAGGAGCCAGUUGUCAGCAGGGCAGCCAUGAGGUCAUGGGUCAGCGGUGCAGCCGUGAGGUCAUGGGUCAGCGGGGCAGCCAUAGCAGGGUGCAGCACAGCCCUUGUGGAGUUGCUGCUGCUGCCACCUCCUGCCGGUUCUCAGCAGCCCAUCAUGCCUCCUCUCCUUUUCGCUCUCCGUCUCUUGCUCUCGCUCUCACUCUCACCCUCUCACAUCCAUGUUCUUUGACACACAUACGCAUAUCACCCUUCCCUUUCCCCUUCACGUCCUACUAUCCUGCUAUCCUACUAUCCUACCAUCCUGCUCAUGCCUAAGUCUGCACGUUGUUACACGGUUGAACUCCCCUGUUCAUACCACUGAUGCACAUAUACUCGCUGUGUGCUCCCUCCCUCUCCUACUUCCACCUACCCCCCUCGCCCUCUUCCGCUCCCUCUCCACUUCACACGCACGCGCCCAUACAUGCGAUUGCAUUAACGUGCACAAGACCGACACGCUUUGACCGAUCCAUUCACAAACCAACCCACUGCACAUGCACGCUAGCAGAAACUUACAGCGCAGGCAUGCAGUGCAGGCGCACAGCACACACAUACCUGCAUUAGUGUGUAUGCGGCAUAGUCCCCCUCGUUGGGCGUCAAUGUUCUCCCCAUGAUGGUUCUUGUGUUGCUCAUGAUGAGACUUUCAUCCAUUCCAUCAUUUGUUGGUAGUUGUGUGGCUUUGAUAUGGCUACAAGCAUCUGUUCUGAGGGUGUAGUGAAGAAGUUGUAUGCUGAAAUGAAACUUGAUGUUUUGUUAUGGAAUUCUAGGAUUGGCCUAGAAAAUGAUGAG